GGGAGGGCAGAUUUUUCGGGUCCGCUAUAAGAGAGCCACCACAAGCUGCACUGGAUAAAGCUUUUUCCUCCCAGGACAUCUUGUGAAAAAGUGAAUGUGAACAGCGAGCCACACAACAAGAACAGCAGCAGCAGCAGCAGCAGCAACAGCAGCCAUGAAGUUUCAAGCUCUUUUCUUCCUUCUGCUCCUCACCAGCAUGUACCUGAGUCUGGCACAAGGCUCAUAUGGUAACUGCUGCCUUGGCUAUGUUCGGCGAAUUAAAGCAAGUGCAAAGAGAAACAUCGAAAGUUACAGGAUGCAGGAAACAGAUGGUGAUUGCAACAUCAGAGCUGUUGUGUUUCUGAUGAAGAAGAGGCGUUCACAAAAAUAUAAUAAAAAAACGCGGACUGUCUGCGCCAAUCCGAUGGAUGGUUGGGUCCAGGACAUGCUCAGGACUGUGGAUAAUCGAUUGAAGAAAUAGACUCCUCAAAGGAGAGAAAGAAGAGAAGAAUGGGAAAAGAGGAGAGCAGCUGUUACCUCUCAUGCAUCAUAUAUCACCUGUGCACAGAUGGAUUAUGUUUCAGUAGAUUAGGAAUUUCCUGUUGCUGACAGAGGAUUUAAAUCAUGUACAUGGUUCACUAAAACAUGUAACUACUUACCAUAUGCUAUAGCCACUAUUGCGUAAUUCAUUUAUAUGAGCCAUCCCUAUGUAACUGUUCACUGUUUUUUGAUAUUAAGAGCCAGCUAGGAAUGAGCCACUAUUUGGCAGCUUUGAAAUGUUUGUGUGUGUAUGUGUGUAAAAGUGUGUGCGAUGUAUAUGUUACACAUACAUAUGGGAUUAAGCUGAGAGUUUUUUUUUUUAUAUAGAACAAAUUCCCAUAUUUUUGUAUUAUUGCAUUUUGUAUCUUUCUCUAUCAAAUAAAGAAAAAAACAAAACAAAGA